AUGGAUGUAGUAUUAUGGGGUGCUUGUGCAAGUACGCUAGUGAAUAUGCAGUUAUUGUUAUUAAGAAAGGAAAAAAAGCGCCGUUGGUGGACACAUCCUAUGCUACUACGUCGUAAAGGUCAUGGACAUUUCCAUGUGAAUUAUGAAGAAUAUCGACAUCAUCCAGAUUGGUUUGAAGACGAAUAUUUAAUGCCAAUUCCUGUUUUCGAUGAACUGUUAAGUUUACUGUCAAGAAACUUAUCAAAGCAAGAUACUAAUAUGAGGAAAAGUAUCGGGCUAUGUGAAAGAUUAGCAGUAACACUACAAUGUCUCGCUACUGGAACAAGUUAUAAACGCCUUCAGAAUAAGUACGAAAUUUCGAAAAAAACGUUAGCUAAAGUAAUAAAAGAAACAUGUGGAAUCAUAUGGAAAGUGCUAGCACCUACAGAAAUGGCAACCCCAAACAAAGAAUCGUGGAAAAGAAUCUCAGAGGGAUUUAAAGACAAUGCAAAUUUCCCACAUUGCUUGGGAGCGCUAGACGGCAAACACAUUUGA